ACCAUACUCCCUUAUCCCUACGUUUUCCAGAGUGUACCAAAAUUCAAGUUACUCAAUCAUGGUGUUUUCCUCUUCAUCGUUGCCCAUUCUACCCUGCAAUUUUCAUGUCCUCCCCGCCGCUGACCCACCGUACAAACUCCUCCAAACCCAUCCAUCUCUCACCCUUCUCUCCAAAUGCAAAAGCAUCCAAAAUCUCAAACAAGUCCACACCCACAUCAUCAAAACCGGCCUCCACAACACCCACUUUGCCCUCAGCAAGCUCGUCGAGUUUUGCGCCGUUUCGCCCUUCGGGGAUCUCUCUUACGCUCUCUCGGUAUUCGAAUCCAUCGAGAACCCUAAUCAGAUUGUUUGGAACACGAUCAUUCGAGGUCAUUCCUUGAGCUCUAGGCCGAUAGAGGCCGUGGAAUUCUAUGUCCGGAUGAUCCUUUCGGGAGUGGAGCCGAAUUCUUAUACUUUCCCUUUUCUUUUGAAGUCUUGUGCGAAAACCGCGGCGACCCACGAAGGGAAACAGGUUCAUGGACAUGUUGUGAAGCUUGGACUGGAGUCUGAUGCCUUUGUGCACACUUCUCUUAUCAAUAUGUAUGCACAAAAUGGUGAAUUGGAUAGUGCACGUCUGGUGUUUGAUAAAAGUCUUCUGAGAGAUGCUGUUUCGUUUACAGCGUUGAUCAGCGGUUAUGUUUCGAGGGGUUGUAUGGAUGAUGCUCGUGUUCUGUUCGAUGAAAUACCUGUGAGAGAUGUGGUGUCUUGGAAUGCCAUGAUUUCGGGUUAUGCUCAAAGGGAACGAUUUGAAGAGGCAUUGGCUUUGUUUGGGGAGAUGCGGAAAGCAAAUGUCUCUCCCAAUGAGAGUACUAUGGUUACGGUGCUUUCUGCUUGUGCUCAGUCAGGGUCUCUCGAAUUGGGCAAAUGGGUUGCGUCUUGGAUUGAGGAUCAUGGACUUGGUUCAAAUCUUCGCCUCAUCAGUGCACUUAUUGAUAUGUACUCAAAGUGUGGUGCAUUGGACAUAGCUCGGGGUUUAUUUGAUGGUUUGCAGCAAAGGGAUGUAAUUUCGUGGAAUGUAAUGAUUGGUGGUUAUACACAUAAGAGCCACUACAAAGAAGCCUUGAUGCUGUUUCGGUUGAUGCUACGAUCAAAUACAGAGCCUAAUGAUGUCACAUUCUUAGGCAUUCUUCCAGCUUGUGCUCAUUUAGGAGCUCUUGAUCUUGGCAAGUGGAUUCAUGCCUACAUAGAUAAGAACUUCCAGAAGUUUACCAAUACUUGCCUCUGGACGAGCCUGAUUGACAUGUAUGCAAAAUGCGGAAACAUUGAGGCAGCAACACAAGUCUUUAAUGGCAUGGAAACCAAAAGCUUGGCUUCUUGGAAUGCAAUGAUAUCCGGCUUAGCAAUGCACGGGGAUGCGCUUGCAGCCCUUGAGCUUUUCUCAAAAAUGGAGGAUGAAGGAUUCAACCCAGAUGCUAUCACAUUUGUGGGAGUUUUAUCUGCUUGUAACCAUGGCGGUCUUGUAGACCUUGGACGCCAAUACUUCAGGUCCAUGACGACGGAUUACCAUAUUUCACCAGAUCUGCAUCACUAUGGAUGCAUGAUAGAUAUUCUAGGGCGAGCCGGGUUAUUUGAUGAAGCUGGGGCCCUAAUGAAGAGCAUGGAAAUGAAGCCAGAUGGUGCUGUGUGGGGUUCUCUGCUUGGAGCUUGUAGACUCCACAGGCGCGUGGAGUUGGGUGAAUCCGUUGCCAAACAUCUGUUCGAAUUGGAGCCUGAAAAUGCCGGGGCUUAUGUUCUGCUAUCAAAUAUCUAUGCAGGAGCUGGCAGGUGGGAUGAUAUGGCAAGAAUAAGAACGAGGCUGAACGACUUGGGAAUCAAGAAAGUUCCUGGCUCUACCUCUAUUGAGGUCAAUAGUGUUGUUCAUGAGUUUCUCGUCAGUGACAAAUCUCACCCAUUAAGUAAAGAAAUCUACGAGAUGUUGGAAGAAAUCGAUAGGCUUUUGGAUAAGGCGGGUUUUGUGCCGGACACAUCAGAGGUGCUCUACGACAUGGGUGAGGAGUGGAAGGAAGUGGCUUUGAGUCAUCACAGUGAGAAAUUAGCCAUUGCCUUCGGUUUGAUCAGCACGAAGCCAGGCACAACGAUUCGAAUAGUAAAGAAUCUUCGUGUUUGCGGGAAUUGCCAUUCAGCAACAAAGCUGAUAUCCAAGAUCUUUAAUAGGGAGAUUAUUGCAAGAGAUGGGAACCGUUUCCACCAUUUUAGAGAUGGUUCUUGUUCAUGUAAUGACAAUUGGUGAAAACCACUUGUACAUAUUGUAUAUGCUUUUAGGCCAAAGUGCCGUUUUAAAUCCUCUAUGCAGUUGAGAGUCUUAAUGAUUAAA